AUGAUAUCUAUCAAAGAUACGAUAUCACGAAUAGGCCGAACGUUGAAACACGUGGAAUCAUUCAAAAAGGGUCAACAACCGACCUCAUCAUCUAUUAGCAAGGUUUCGAGAAAUUCAUUAACUGAUCCCGCUGGAAGAGAAGCAAAGGUAACUUUCGAAGAAGAUAAGAACUUCAAACCGGAAGAUCUCGCGAAGUUUAAGCCAGUGUAUACCAGUUUCCAACAAAAAAUAUUCAGUGAUUUCUUGCGUCCAUUAAAUAUAGCCAAUCUUAAAUCUCAUAGUGUGAGAACAGAGAAAUAUGAGAGUGCAACUGCUACUAAAAAUUGGCUUAAGAAUAAAUCACAGAGUCCAAGAGAUAGAUUGGAUGUUUAUAUAAGAGACCGAUAUCUAUACGGCAAAAUGUUGAAGUUUUUAAUUGAAAUUACCCCAAGCAAUUUGAAGAAUGUAGAUUAUAAAAAUACGUAUUAUUUGGAGUAUAUACUAAACCAACAAGAACAACCGACCAAUAUCAAAGAUGGUGCUGCAAUUCAAUUUGGAGAGAUACCACCAUUGCCAUCUCCAUUAACUGAAGAACUGUUUCGCCAAUGGAUUUAUAAAUUAACUCAUAACACCUACCACUACAAAAAUUCAUCAUCAUUACUGUCUGGAAUCAUACCGUCAAUAUUAUUAUAUACCCAUAAAAUCACAAAUGAAGAAUUUAAACCUUAUAGAUCGGCAGAUACUUAUAACUACCUUAUCAAUUAUUUUGGGUUUCUUAAACAUCAAAGCUUAUUUGCUAAGGAAUUAGUUUUGGUGCUUCGAGAAGACGGGCACCUGUUAAAUAUAGACACCAUAAAUACAUUAUUGAAGGUCUGCAAAGUGCAGACGCAAAUACGAGCAGUGUCUAAUCCAUUUGCUAGAAUAUUAAAUUUUUUACAAAUUGCCGACAGGUCACAUAUCGAUAUAAAUUUGGAAACAUAUAGUAGAAUCUAUGAUUGUAUUCAAAAUGUUCAUUUGAAGGAGGAAUUUUUGAGAACCAUGCAAGAAAAUGGUGUCCCAAUACCAAAAGGCAUGACAGUUAGGAUUUUGGACGAUUUUAUGAAAACAACCGAAGAUACAAACGAACUAAUAUAUUUCAUUGAGCAUGAUUUAGGACAUGCUAACUGGAAGCAGGAUUUCAGAAUGGUAUCUAAAGUCAUUUAUCAUAAGUGGUUGCAUAUAACUAAUGAAAGUGAUUGUAAAGGGGUUGACUUAAAUCAAGAUGAGUAUAAUUUGAAGAGUUUACUUGAGGGGUUAUAUAGAAACCAAAAGAUUGAACAUAAAUCAUAUAUCAUGCUUCAAUUCUAUGUGAAUUUUGUUGAAGAGUACCCAGAUUGCGAUAUGGCAAAAAUUCCAUAUAUAUAUAAAUUAUUGGUCAAUCAAUUAUUGAAAGAAGUUAAGAAUAUUCCACAGCUUUCGUUCUUAACUAGAUGCCUCUUUUCUGAGGCGACAUCUAAACUAGGACUAUCGAUUGAUUUUGUCAAAUAUUCCAAUAAUAAAACUACAUUACCAGAAAAUUAUAGGGUCUUGCAAAGAAUCAUGGGAUGGGAUGUUGUUCAGCUUGAAGCGAAGAUCGAAUAUCUUAGACAAUUUCAAGACUUAAAACGUUUGUGGGAACCGUUAACAAUUGAAGAACGAGAAAAAUGGAAUGAAAUUAAGUAUCAUAUAGGACAUGAUUACUUAACCCUCAAGCCUACAGAAAGUAAAAUCCAGGCGAUUUUCCUGACAGAAUCAAACACUGCGGGGAUCCCAGAAGAUGAACUUUCUAGAAUCUUAAAGCAUCGAGGCUCAAGGAUGACUAGCAAUAGGAAUAGAGAUAGGGUGUUUAAGGCAUAUGAAGGAAUUGAUGAACACACCAAGAGAGUAAUGAUCGAACGUGGUAUAAUAAAAUCAGGAAAACUAGAAGUGUAA